UUUUAUCUCAUGUGGUAACCUAAACAACUUGUGUUCUGCCGCUCACUUCUCUUUGAUUUAAAUUAACAAAUUAAUUAAUUACUACUGCCAUAUGCUUUGAAUUUAAUCCUUGUAAAACCAUCAUGUAAUUUGACACCUUAUUUGUUCAAUUUCUAUGUUCCAUUAUCUCUCUUAACCCUAUGUUACUCCAUACCUCUAAGUGACUCAUAGUCUUCAAUGUGGAUCAGGCUUAUGCAUUCAGUGUAGCUUUAUCUCGAUAUAAACAGUUUGUCAUACCUAAUUGGGCUCCUUUUUGGUUAAUCUUAAAGAUUAACUUGUUUUAUCAAGUGGGCCACAAAUUAUGCUGUUUAAUUUUGUGAAUAUUUCUAUUGUUCUACUUUAUGUUUAAUCAUCACCAACCAUCAACUUUCGCCUUUUGACACAAUCAACAUAUAUUUAUUUCUACCACUAUCACCAUCAUCAUCACCAUCACUGCCAUCAACUUUACCACAUAAACAAUUGGAGUAAAAUAGACCUCAGAAAUAUAUGCAUUAAAUACUGGAAUAUUGCAAGCAUAAGAAAAUAUGGAUAAAGAAAAUGCAAAUGAUGAUUCUGGUACACUCAGUUAUAUAUGCCCUCUGUGUGAAAAGAUAGCAGAAAAUCCGGUUAAGAAUAAUUGUGGAUGCAUUUAUUGCUCCAAGUGUGCUGAAAAAUGUGUCACAGAGUCUAUCAAAUGUCCAAAAUGUGACAAACCGUUGUCUAUUGGUACUUUAAGCAAGCUUAGUAUAGUUAAAAUGAGAGUCUUCAAGACCUCAACCAUGAAGCGAAAAUACUCUUGCCUCGGAGUCAAUGCCAAUGAUGAAACAGGUUUUCCUAGUGGCAGUGGUAGCACAACCAGUACUAUUACCAGUACGACUACGAGUGCACCUAAUGCCAAUGCUACAAUCAACUCAGCCGCUUCAAAUUCUGGAUCUUCAGCUGAUCCUAUGAUAAGUGAUUCUUCCGGGAGAAAGCGUGUAAAAGCUGAAGAAACAUCUAACACCGAAGAGGUAGUAAACUUGGAAAGUUUGUUAUCAUUAUCGUCUAUUAAAGAAAGAGAAGACAAAAAGAUGAGUAAAGAGAUUCUAGAUCUACUCAGUAAACCAACUGCCAAAGAUAAAUGGGUGAUAGAAAAAUUUCAAUCAGUUGGAGGUGGACAAGUUCAAGAAUUUUGUCCCCAUGGAACCAGAGAAGAUUGCAAAAGAGUUACUUCUGCUCAAACCUGUGACAAGCUUCAUUUCAAAAAAAUCAUUCAAAAACAUACCGACGAAUCUCUGGGCGAUUGUUCUUUUCUCAAUACCUGUUUUCACAUGGAUAGCUGUAAAUACGUUCACUAUGAAGUUGAUUUAGGAACAGUUAGAAAUAAAAAAGAGCGUAAAGAAGAAAUUGCAACCGAUCGACGAUUUAACAAUGCAUUGCGAAAUCCUCAAUGGAUUCAAUGUGAUCUCAGAACAUUUGACGUAUCGAUUUUAGGUAAAUUUGAUGUCAUUAUGGCAGAUCCUCCGUGGGAUAUUCACAUGGAUCUACCUUACGGAACAAUGUCUGAUGAAGAGAUGAGACAGCUGAACAUCCCUUGCUUACAAGACAAAGGACUUCUGUUCCUUUGGGUGACUGGACGAGCCAUGGAAUUGGGCCGAGAAUGUCUUGAACUUUGGGGUUAUGAAAGGUGUGAUGAAAUCAUUUGGGUUAAAACUAAUCAACUACAGAGAAUUAUUCGAACUGGACGAACUGGACAUUGGUUAAAUCACGGUAAAGAACACUGUUUAGUUGGGGUUAAAGGAGAACCUGAAAAUCUAAACCGUGAAUUAGAUUGUGAUGUUAUUGUGGCAGAAGUGCGAGCUACUAGUCACAAGCCGGAUGAAAUUUAUGGUAUAAUUGAACGACUUUCUCCAGGAACUAAGAAGAUUGAACUUUUUGGUCGUACCCAUAACUUACAACCAAAUUGGAUUACCCUUGGUAAUCAAUUACCUGGGGUCUGUUUACAUGAAGAACAAUUGUUAACUGCUUUCGCUGUUCGUUAUCCUAAUCGGGUGUCUGAGCUUAAAAAAUCUUUAAGUGAUAAAAUAAAUAGAUAAAUUAAAGAGUAUUGAGCUUUGGUGCUCACCAGCGACAAAGAACGUUUUCCAAUUUAUAUGCUGAUUUCGAAUGAAAAUGUAAAUAAUGAACUUUAAAGUUAUCAUUUCGAUACAUUUUUUUCUUGCCAC